AUGGGGAUAACUGGCUUCAUUUUGUCCUACGCAAGGGAAACACACAAGUUUUGUCAUAGUUCACAUAAAAUCACACUGCAUCUUUCACCUAACAUCACACGCAGCAACAACCCCACCAAAGAGAUUUCCAAGUUGGGCCCACAGAUCCUAAUACCAGGACCUAAUUGCGUCUUUCUGGCCGCUGGUGGGAAGUACCUGUUCAGCUGGAUGAACCACACCUUCGUACCUGACGUGUGGUACCAUUUCUGCUUCGUUGUGGUUGGCACGUCAUGGGCUGUCUACGUCAAUGGCCUCUUCAGAAGGGCCCUGAAACCCAUCGAAGUGGCGUCCUUAGCAGCAUGUUCUGAAGGCGCUGACGAAGGCGACCUGGUGGGCUGGAGUUCCGCCCAGUGGGUCCUCAGAGGCCCAGUGGAAGAGGUGGACGUGUCACGGGUGGAUUACUGCACGAAAAGAGCUCGCAUGACCGUGUUCCCCGAGAGACGGAGCCAGACUGACGCCAUCCGCUGGUGUGAGAAAUUAAAAAGCAAAAUGGCUCUCCCGAAGGACGCCGAAGAGAACGCCCUCCUGUACCACAUCAGCGAACCUUUUGCGGGCGUGUGUCAGCCGCCCAACCACGCCAAGGGAUUCCUGUGGAUCGCAGCUACUGACGAAGGGGAAGAAGGGCGCUGGACGGAUUUUGAGGACCAACCCCUCAACUACACCAACUUCCAAGACGCCCCCACAUCCGGGACCCUCGACUGCGCCUCCCUGCUCGUCCCACCUUACGUCGAGGAAUGGGACGACGUCAAGUGCGGUUCGCUCUACAAGUUCUGCGUUGCUUGCGAGGAGGAUGAGGCGGCGCCCUUGGUUCUGAGGAUGAGGGGGCUGUGCGAGCAGGACGAGAAGGCUGCUUGGUUCACCCUCCAGCAGCGGCGCGGGGAUAGGGUUCUGCUGAAAGGCUUCACAAAGUACCUGAUCUACCUGGAAGAAGAGAGUAACAAGUGGCACUUAUAUAACAUGUGGAUUAACAGGACAGUGGCUACUCACCAAGGACAGCCCGGGGUAUAUCCUUUGGGCGUGAGAGAGUGGGUUAUAAACACCAGUUAUGAAGUGUGUGAUAAACUAGAAGGAUCCCUCGUAACCCUGGGACUCUCCGCUUGCUACGACUGGGAAUACAGCUGCAAAGACGGCACCUGCAUCGACCUGGAACAGCGGUGCGACCUGAGAGUGGACUGUCCCGAUAACAGUGAUGAGAUCGGCUGCGAUAAACUGGUGUUACCCGAAGACUACCUCUCUCAGCUGACGCCUCCGGGGAGUCAGGUUGGGGGUCCACUGGGGGUCAACUUGUCCAUCAGUCUGCAUGGCUUUUCGGAGAUCAACGUCCAAGACAUGAAGCUGACGGUGGACUUCACCUUACUACUAUCAUGGUAUGACAUGAGGCUUCAAUACCAGAACCUUAAAGAACUGGACGACAUCAACUAUGUCAAGCCGUCUGCAGUCUGGAAUCCAACGAUAGAGUUAACCAACGCUGACUUCCCGAGGGUUCACAAGACGACCCAGGUGCUGACUGUGUCCAGGGACUCUGAUCCAGAAGAGGAUGACCCGAGUAGAGUUUGUCAUGAUAAGGUAUAUGAAGGUAAGAAAAACCCUCUGCAACUGAGUCACAAGAUGAACGCCCCCUUCGUGUGCAACAUGGACCUCAGGAUGUUCCCCUUCGACACUCAACAUUGCAAGCUGCUCCUCACUCUCACCUCCGCCAGGGUCGACUUCUUGGACUGGAGGCGCCUUGAGGUCACUUAUUUGGGGGAGACCUUCCUGACGGAGUACGAGGUCGACGCCAUCAGCAUCCAGAGGUCCUCCUCCUCCCGCAACUACAGCGUGGCGGAGGUCGGGGUCACCUUCCACCGCCGCUUCUGGUCCUACGUCACCUCCGCCUACCUGCCCACCGUCAUGCUCAUGCUAAUUAGCUACGCCUCCCUCUUCUGCAAGCGGGAGAACGUCGACCUGCGCGUCAUGAUGGCCCUGACGACGCUGCUGGUGCUCUACGCCCUCUACCAGCAGAUCUCCGAGGACCUCCCGAAGACGGCCUACACGAAGGCGAUCGACGUCUGGUGCUUCUUCGCCAUCACGAUCAUGUUCACGCAGGUAAUCUACCACAUCAUCCUCGACCUGGACAUCCGGAUGUGCACGACCCUGACACGCAGCCAGGAGGCGGACCUGGCGACGAAGGACGUGUGGAAAAGCGACGAACCUUUAGCUCGCAUAGACUUGGCCUUCCGGAUUCUCUACGUUGUGGUCAAGUUCACCUUCUUCCUCGCCUACGGGUGUGUGAUCGUGGUGAACGUGGAAUCGCGGUAAAGUGAUAAAGAGGAAGAGACAGAUAACGAGAUAAUGGAGAGAUAGAGGAGAGAGCUUGGUGAUUUGUUUGUAAACAAUGGGCGUCGACGAUGCGCUGGUUGCGUGGUACAACCGCUGUACCACGCUGAAAAUUGGAGGUUAGAGAAUAUUGGAGAUUCAGAAGCGUGGGUUAUAAUGUUGUAGUAUGGAUUUAUGGAAUACUAUGGAUCUAGGAGAGGGAUCUUUAAUUUGUUAGAUCUCUCUCUCUCUCUCUUUCUCUCUACCUCUCCCUCUCCAUAUUCAUAGCCACUUUUUUCAGUUAGUCACAAACUGAUAUGACAGUGACGUUGGUUUCGAAAAGUGUUUACUUGUGAUACUGUUUUUUGUACAAGAAAAUCUAUAUUUGAAAAGGACAAGAAGCCAGUUCUCCAGGAAUUAUUUUAAAACCUAUCCACAAUAUCUGUUCAAUGGAGACACGAUUAGAAAGUAAAGAAAAUGAUAACAGAAAGUUUGAAGAAAGAACAUGAUAAGUGCAUUUACAGAUGAAAUAACAUUAUGUCAUAGAAAUAGAGUAUUUCAGUAUUUAAUGUGUAAUGUGACUCGCGAACAAAUAUGCAACACUCAUUUCCUCUCAGGUUUGAACAACUUUGAAUGUAAUAUCGUUGAUACACAAGACUUUGCAUUACAGAAGAAAG